UAUUCAUUACUUUGUUAUUUAACUCCUAAAUACAACCGGAGACACGUCCGGGGUUGUUCAACUUCACUAACAUUGGCAUGUCUCCCUCUGGUGGAGAAAAAUAAAACAUUCUGUCUGGGUCUUUCUCGCCUCUUUUUCUGUUUUAUUUCAGUGCCUUCACGUGCGACUCUACUUGUAUUGCAGUUAAGCCCAAAAGUAAAUCCUAGAAAGAUUCCAUUCAACAAACAACACUAGAAACCCCAGCUUAUAGACGAAAAUGUAAGAUAUAACAUAAGAAUAUAUUUAUAUAGGAAUUAGUUACUGUGUGAUAGUAUAUCGCGUCAAGCUAUAAUUACAUGUUUUUAAUUAUAGCCUUCAGUGCAAAGUAAAUCUUGAAAACGUGAGACACAUGGAGAAAUAAAGUCGUGAACUGUGUGUAAAUCUUGUUGAACAAACAAAGAAAAAAAUAACAUUUUUCCCUGGUAGUUUCCCUCAACAUUUAGCUUUACAACCCACGUUCAGGUCACGACUCAGACUAGAAACACUGGCGGAUGUACACGCUUUCACAAAUGCCAUAUAUGGUAAUGUAAAACUAUUUUGUCAAGAUGGUUAAGGGAGACUGAGAGUUGUCACCUGUAUAUAUUCCACUUAAAAAGCAACAAUUGGAAGGAAAUUAAAAAAAAAACAAUGAAUGUGGUUGCACUAUUUUCCUAAAAGAUACCACCAUGUUUCACAAUAGGUGUGGAGUUCUUUUAGAUUUCGAUAUAUAUCGUCAAACAUUCCAUGGAGGUCAUACAUUCAACCAAGGAUUUAUAGGAAAUACUUUUUUUCCUGAAUAAACGUUUUCUUCAAGAAUACAUCUUUCAUGUGUAUUUUGUCUCUGUUUUCCAUAGUCAUUGAUGUAUUGUCAACUAUUGCAGUGUAAAACAUAGUAAAUACUUAAAAAAAAGAAUAAAUUAAUUAGUGGUGAAGUUGUAGUGUAAAUGACUAAUUUAUGGCUAAGGUUCUGCCACAUCCGGACAAGUUUGGGCCGAAAAACAUCGUCCAAAAAAAAAAAAGAAAAAAAGGGUAAUGAACCAAAAAUCUCACAUCACACACACACCGAGUUUAUUAUGAUGAUGAUCAGCCAACAUCUGACGCCUGCGUCCGCGGCAGUUACGUCUCAGGGCCGCGGGGUUUCACGGUAAUUACGCCGCUUCAAUGGAUUUAAACAUGAGCCUCUAACCCGUGACAAUCAUGAGGGUUUUUUCCCUCCUGCAGCACCGAGUCACAGGCAGCGUAUUUGAGGAGGAGAGAACCAAAUAAGAGCUCGGUGGAGGCAGACUUGUGAUUUUUUGAAUCAUCCCAACCAGAAGAGCUGCGGAAAAUCGAAUUAUCCAAUUUGCUUGAUGCGCUGUAAUCACACUGACAGAAUGCCCCGCGGAGACUUCAACAUCUAUUUUGCCAGCAGCCGAGGAGGAUACGUCAGAGCUGAGGAGGCUCUGGGCAUUGGUCUCCUGGUGGUCAUCCUGGCAGCUCUGCUCAUCCUGGGCUGCUGGUACUUCAAGAAGAGGAGUGGCUACAAAAUUCUCAGGAGUCCUGGGUCGAGAUCACCGGGUUUCACCGGAGGUCAGUACGCCGAGGCGGGACCUUCAGCGGACAACAAGAUGCCUCUCACCGACUUUGGCAGCUUCCGACCUUCGGUUCCCAACGCUCCCCCAGCCUAUGAAAAGAUUUCCUCAGGUCCACUUCCUCCUCCCUAUUCUCCUUGAUGGACCUGUGAAAAAGUCUGAAGAAACAAUAACAAGUCAAUAAGUCAAUAACAAAUAUUCAAACGUUCAUCUGCUGUCUCAGAAAAUCAUCCGUAUAACCUGACGUCACUGUAGCUGCUUCCUAUGGCUUUGACGCUAAAUAUAAAUUGAUUUAAAAUGUCUCGCUGUGUUUAUCAUUCAUACAAACAAACUGUAAAUACAAUGUAUUCAUUGAUAAAAAAAAAUCAAAAUCUGUCUGUGUAUAAUAAAUAAGUUCAAAGACCAACUUUGGUUGGACAGUCGCAUUGUUUAUUUCCAUGCAGAAAUGUCCAACGUCCACAUUUGUUCAAGGAAAGUGUAACUAAGUAAAUAGUUUUGAAAAAUCUAUAUGGUAAAAAUAAAUAACUGAAACUUUAAAUGGACACAAACACAUAGUACAAAUCCUCUAUUUAUACUUCAAAAUGGUAAAACGUAGCUCUCAGUUACACGCUGAAAAAAAAUUCUAAGUGCUGAACAUUUAAACAAAAGCUUUAGAACAGGUUGAAUCUGAAUGAACAGUAUCCCAGGAUUAUUACGAUAUUGAACUGCAUUGGAACUUAUUACAAUUUAUUCAAUCUCAUUUCUCAAACCAUUUUCUGUAUUUGAGGUUUUUUAUUUCAAUACUGGCCAUGAAAUCAGAAAUAGUCGACACAUUUAUUUGAAGGCAACAAACCAUAGACUGAUUACCUUAUACGUGUGAGUACACAGUUUCUCUAUUAGAGGACCAACCUAACCAGAGAACAGAACUUACUCCAUCCUAAAAGUCAGACAAAAAAAAAAAAAAAAA